AGCCCGGCUUCCCGCCUCCCCGCGCCCCGGGCCGGGAGCCGCUCUCCGUGCGCGCUCUUCGCGCUCUCUCCGUCCUCCGGCCGCGGGACCCGGCGCGGGCCAGCGAGCGCCGCCGCCAUGGGGAAGGGGGUCGGGCGUGACAAAUAUGAGCCUGCAGCUGUUUCCGAGCAUGGCAACAAAAAGGGCAAAAAGGCUAAGAAAGAAAGGGAUAUGGAUGAGCUCAAGAAGGAAGUUUCUAUGGAUGACCAUAAACUUAGCCUUGAUGAACUUCACCGCAAAUACGGAACAGACUUGAGCCGAGGCUUAACCACUGCUCGGGCAGCUGAGAUCCUGGCCCGGGACGGCCCCAACGCCCUCACGCCUCCCCCUACCACUCCUGAGUGGGUCAAAUUUUGUCGGCAGCUGUUUGGGGGGUUCUCCAUGUUACUGUGGAUUGGGGCCAUUCUUUGUUUCUUGGCCUAUGGCAUCCAGGCGGCCACAGAAGAGGAACCUCAGAAUGAUAAUCUGUACCUCGGCGUGGUGCUGUCAGCUGUCGUCAUAAUAACUGGCUGCUUCUCCUACUAUCAAGAAGCUAAAAGUUCAAAGAUCAUGGAAUCCUUCAAAAACAUGGUCCCUCAGCAAGCCCUUGUGAUUCGAAAUGGGGAGAAAAUGAGCAUAAAUGCAGAAGAAGUCGUGGUUGGGGAUCUAGUAGAGGUGAAAGGAGGAGACCGAAUCCCUGCCGACCUGAGAAUUAUAUCUGCGAAUGGCUGCAAGGUGGAUAACUCCUCGCUCACUGGUGAGUCGGAACCCCAAACAAGGUCUCCAGAUUUCACAAAUGAGAACCCCCUGGAGACGAGGAACAUUGCCUUUUUUUCAACCAACUGUGUUGAAGGCACUGCACGAGGCAUUGUUGUGUACACUGGGGAUCGCACUGUGAUGGGAAGAAUUGCCACACUCGCGUCCGGGCUUGAGGGAGGCCAGACACCCAUUGCUGCAGAAAUUGAACAUUUUAUCCAGCUCAUCACAGGUGUAGCUGUGUUUUUGGGUGUUUCUUUCUUCAUUCUUUCACUGAUCCUUGAGUAUACCUGGCUGGAAGCUGUCAUCUUCCUUAUCGGCAUCAUUGUCGCCAACGUGCCAGAAGGUUUACUGGCCACUGUCACGGUCUGCCUAACACUUACUGCCAAGCGCAUGGCAAGGAAGAACUGCCUGGUGAAGAACUUAGAAGCUGUGGAGACCUUGGGGUCCACAUCUACCAUCUGCUCAGAUAAAACUGGAACUCUAACUCAGAACCGGAUGACAGUGGCCCACAUGUGGUUUGAUAAUCAAAUCCACGAAGCUGAUACGACAGAGAACCAGAGCGGUGUCUCCUUUGACAAGACUUCAGCCACUUGGCUCGCUCUGUCCAGAAUUGCAGGUCUUUGUAACAGGGCCGUGUUUCAGGCUAACCAGGAAAACCUACCUAUUUUAAAGAGGGCAGUUGCAGGAGAUGCCUCUGAGUCUGCACUCUUGAAGUGUAUCGAGGUCUGCUGUGGAUCUGUGAAGGAGAUGAGGGAGAGAUAUACCAAGAUUGUGGAGAUUCCCUUCAACUCCACCAACAAGUACCAGCUGUCCAUUCACAAGAACCUGAAUACAAAUGAGUCUCGACACCUGCUGGUGAUGAAGGGCGCUCCAGAAAGGAUUCUAGACCGUUGCAGCUCUAUACUCCUCCAUGGCAAGGAGCAGCCCCUGGAUGACGAGCUGAAAGACGCCUUUCAGAAUGCCUACCUGGAGCUCGGAGGCCUCGGCGAGCGUGUGCUAGGUUUCUGCCACCUUCUUCUGCCAGAUGAACAGUUUCCUGAGGGCUUUCAGUUUGACACUGAUGAAGUGAAUUUCCCUGUGGAUAACCUCUGCUUUGUGGGGCUCAUCUCCAUGAUUGACCCUCCACGGGCUGCUGUCCCUGAUGCUGUGGGCAAAUGUCGAAGCGCUGGAAUUAAGGUCAUCAUGGUGACAGGAGACCAUCCCAUCACAGCCAAAGCCAUUGCCAAAGGUGUAGGCAUCAUCUCAGAGGGCAAUGAGACUGUAGAAGACAUUGCUGCUCGCCUCAACAUCCCAGUGAACCAGGUGAAUCCCAGAGAUGCCAAGGCCUGUGUUGUUCACGGUAGUGACCUGAAGGACAUGACCUCCGAGGAGCUGGAUGACAUUUUGCGGUACCACACGGAGAUUGUGUUUGCCAGGACUUCCCCUCAGCAGAAGCUUAUCAUCGUGGAGGGCUGCCAGAGGCAGGGUGCUAUUGUGGCUGUCACUGGUGAUGGUGUCAAUGACUCUCCAGCUUUAAAGAAAGCAGACAUUGGGGUUGCUAUGGGGAUUGCUGGCUCAGAUGUGUCUAAGCAAGCUGCUGACAUGAUUCUUCUGGAUGACAAUUUUGCUUCAAUUGUGACUGGAGUAGAGGAAGGACGAUUGAUCUUUGAUAACUUGAAGAAAUCCAUUGCUUAUACCCUAACCAGUAACAUUCCAGAAAUCACCCCCUUCCUGAUAUUUAUUAUUGCCAACAUUCCACUACCGCUGGGUACUGUCACCAUCCUCUGCAUUGACUUGGGCACGGACAUGGUUCCUGCCAUCUCACUGGCCUAUGAGCAAGCCGAGAGUGAUAUCAUGAAGAGACAGCCCAGAAACCCCAAAACUGACAAGCUGGUGAAUGAGCGGCUAAUCAGCAUGGCCUAUGGGCAGAUUGGGAUGAUCCAGGCCCUGGGGGGCUUCUUCACCUACUUUGUGAUUCUGGCCGAGAAUGGCUUCCUCCCCCUUCACCUGCUGGGCAUCCGUGUGGACUGGGAAGACCGCUGGAUCAAUGACGUGGAAGACAGCUAUGGGCAACAGUGGACCUAUGAGCAGAGGAAGAUCGUGGAGUUCACCUGCCACACAGCCUUCUUCGUCAGUAUUGUGGUGGUGCAGUGGGCCGACUUGGUCAUCUGUAAGACCCGGAGGAAUUCUGUCUUCCAGCAGGGGAUGAAGAACAAGAUCUUAAUAUUUGGCCUCUUUGAAGAGACGGCACUUGCUGCUUUCCUGUCCUACUGCCCUGGUAUGGGUGUUGCCCUUAGGAUGUAUCCUCUCAAGCCCACCUGGUGGUUUUGUGCCUUCCCCUACUCCCUCCUCAUCUUCGUGUAUGAUGAAGUCCGGAAACUCAUCAUUAGGCGACGCCCAGGCGGCUGGGUGGAGAAAGAAACCUACUACUAGUCCCUGUCCCGCAUGCCGUGGAGCACCAUGCCACACUGCACCCUCCCCACCCCUGUGUACUUCAGUCUUGGAGCUCAGAACUCCACCCUGGUAGGAAAGCACCGAAGCAUGUGGGAGCCAGCUGUCCUGGAAUGAGCAUGUAGCUGUAAUGGGGGGCGGGGGGAGGGCUGCCUGGAAACACCGUCUGUGGGAGCGAAACGACAGUGGGGAAGGUUUCUAUGUGCCUUUUUGUUUUUGUAAAAAAGGAAAACCUGGAAGGACUGAAAGAAUACAUUUUAUAUCUGGAUUUUUACAAUAAAGAUGGCUAUUAUAAUGGA